AUGGCGUUAGCCAACCUGCUGGACAAAAAGGUACAAGGUGCACUGGUCCGGUCCCGUAUCCAGACCAUCACGGAGAUGGACGCUCCCUCUGGCUUCUUCUUCAGCUUAGAGAGGAAACACGGGCAGAGGAAACAAAUCCACUUGCUGCUGUCGGACACGGGGCAGGAGCUCACAGAACCAGGCCAGAUCCGGAGCAGAGCUGUGGAGUUCUACUCACAACUGUACACAAGUGAGUACAAUGGCAAUAAACAGUUGUCUGAGGAGUUCUGUGGUGAACUGCCACAGAUCCAGCAGGACAUGAAACCACAGCUAGAGGGCCCCUAUCAAGGGAAGAACUGUUUGCCGCCCUCCAGGCCAUGCAAGGCGGGAAGGCCCCGGGCAUUGAUUGCCUCACUGUAGAGUUCUACAAGGCCUUCUGGGACAUUUUUGCUCACGAUAUGCUCCAGGUUUUCAAUGAGAGCCUGGCCCAUGGUUCUCUCCCAGUCUCCUGCAGAAGAGCUAUCAUCACCCUUCUGCCAAAGAAAGGAAACCUACAGGAGAUCAAGAACUGGCGCCCUGUGUCCCUCCUCUGCACAGACUAUAAAAUUCCAGCUCAUUGGGUGUUCAACUCUCUGCACUGGUUGUUAGAAGAGCCACUAACAAAUGGAGCCAGACUGGAUGUGUGCAGAGACACCACGCCUGGGCUGAGGGAGGCGCUGUGCCAAAAAAACCUGAUAACCCUGAAACAGCUGAUAGUUUCAGUGGGGCCAGCGCUCGCCAAUGCCCAGGCCGUGGCCUCAGCCCUGGAAGUACGCUCCAUCUGGCUGGCGCAGAGGAUCCUAGAGCUGUGGAGGCAAAAGCUCUCUGCCAAAGAGAAGAGCCUCCUACAGCGGUACAGUGAAGGCAGAGUGGAACCCGACCCCACGGAUGACUUCCCUGAAAUCCACCUGACCCCUGACCUCACCGAGCUCAGUGGCCCCCUCUUAACAAAUUGUACCAGCAACAAGUCGUCACAGACAUAUGAAGAGGAACGACGUCCACAUGGUGUCCCGCACUGUGAGUCUACCGUCUUCUUCUGUGGUGGAGUCAGCACAGCGGAUCCUGCUCCUUUUUUUGAUUCCUCCAUGGUCAAACCUGGUGAUGACAUCAUCACCCUUCACCGUGGCUCUCUGGCGCCACAACAACAGAGUCUCAGCCAACAAUGUCUGCCAACGCUCUGAGAUGGCAGACGGAGGACUGACGGUCCGCUGCAGUGGACUGAGACUGACACAGGUACCUGUCGGCCUCUCUAACCUGACCGUACGUCUGUUUCUGGAUAAAAACCUUCUCAGCUCUCUGCCGGCCGGCUCCUUCUCUGAUCUGUCGCUGCUUGAUGAGCUC